CGCAGCCGUUUCUAAGUUUAUGCGGUGCACACGUGCGUGCACAGAGGAAGGAAAGGUGCGUGCGUGAUAGUUUUGUUGUGUUGCGCCAAGUUUGUCAAAUACUCCGUAAGAUGCGUCCGCUCACGAGCGAAGAAACUCGAACGUUUUUCGACAAGCUCUCCAAAUACAUAUCUGAGAAUAUCAAGCUUCUCAUUGACAGGCCAGAUGGCACUUACUGUUUUAGGCUCCAUAAAGACAGAGUCUAUUACGUAAGCGAAAAGAUCAUGAAGCUGGCCAACAACGUUAGCUCGGAGAACCUCAUCAGCAUGGGCACUUGCUUCGGCAAGUUCACCAAGUCUGGCAAGUUUCACUUGCACGUCACCGCCCUGGAUUACAUGGCACCGUAUGCGAAACAAAAGGUGUGGCUCAAACCAAGCGCAGAACAGCAGUUCCUGUAUGGCCACCACGUGCUCAAGUCUGGUCUUGCAAGGAUCACUGAGAGUACCAACACGUACGACGGUGUGGUAGUCUACUCCAUGAGUGACAUUCCCUUGGGUUUCGGUGUUGCAGCAAAGUCCACGCAAGAGUGCAGGCGUGCAGACCCUAUGACCAUCGUGGUCUUCCACCAGGCUGAUGUGGGAGAGUACAUUCGCUCUGAAGACACCCUCACGUGAUCAUCAAACCGCCAUUAUGUGUUUCACCUUAAAGAUAUUCUAAAUUAACUGUGCAGCCUCAUCAUUCAUUCUUCAGUUUUCAGACCUCUUAACAGUGAAUGGUGCAGUGACUACAGUUGAACACUGUAAAGGUGCACUUCUGUGGACAAAUGAAAAUGCACCUAAUCAAGGCAUUCCGAAUGCAGACAACCAUAUCAAUAUCAAUUGUUAUUGAGUAAAAUAUAUUGAUAGGUAACUUAACUGUGGUUAAUGUGAAGAUGGAUUUUAUUCGUUCUGAAAAUUUGACUCCUGAAAAAAGACAAAGGGAGAGACAAAGCAAAAGUUUGUUGUUUCCACUACAAAAGCAGUAUUUCUCGUGUAAUGCUUUGAAGAAGAAAAAAUGGAAAAACUCUUCUCUGAAACUGUAGGCACCAGGAUGUCUAUUAGCCUGGAAGUUGAAAUAUAUCGAAUACACUGUAUGCUUGCCCUCUUGCUCUAGAGAGGCUGCAAGCAUUGUCUGCAUACAAUCACGAAAGCACAGACAGCUUCACCUGUGUGGUGUCCGAGACAUUGCAUUAAUAAAUUUUUAUAUUUGUA